AUGUUGCCCUAUAUAGAUAUCUUGUUCGACUACCCUGCAAAGCUCACAGGCGCAUCGGUUGAUGAGCUCAAGCUGAUUGCCUCCUUUUUACUCUCCUACCCACUCGCCGCCCUGCUGAAACGAAUCCCCGACGCCCAGCCCUGGAAAAAAAAUGCGUUCAUUAUCGGUGCCUCGCUCUUCUACCUUGUCGGGCUGUUUGAUCUCUGGGAUGGCCUUCGCACGCUGCUCUACGGCGCAGUUGGCACCUAUGCAAUUGCGUAUUAUGUGGACGGCUCGUUAAUGCCCUGGAUUGGCUUUGUCUUCCUGAUGGGCCACAUGUCGAUCAGCCACAUCUACCGCCAAAUCCUUGACGACGCACAAGUGGUGGAUAUUACUGGGGCUCAAAUGGUCAUGGUCAUGAAGCUUUGCUCCUUCUGCUGGAACGUUCAUGAUGGACGUCUUCCCCAGGACCAGUUAUCUGAUUCCCAGAAGUACUCUGCAAUCACUGAAUUCCCGAGCGCCAUCGACUACGCAGGAUACGUACUAUUCUUCCCAUCGCUCUUUGCUGGCCCAUCUUUUGAGUAUGUCGACUACCGCCGCUGGCUCGACACCACCUUGUUUGAUAUCCCACCCGGUACCGAUCCAUCCAAGGUGCCUCCAACCCGCAAGAAGCGCAAGAUUCCGCGCAGUGGCACACCUGCUGUGAAGAAGGCCAUUGUUGGCCUGGUCUGGAUCUUUGGAUUUCUCCAACUGGGAUCGUACUUCACCACGGAUUUUGUUUUAUCAGAUGCCUUCAUGGAGUUUUCUUUCCCGCGUCGUGCCUUCACCGUCUACAUGCUCGGCUUCACCGCUCGUCUGAAAUACUACGGCGUGUGGUCCUUGACCGAAGGCGCCUGUAUUCUCUCUGGUAUGGGCUACAACGGCUUCAAUGCCAAAUCUGGCAAAGUCUUCUGGAACCGCUUGGAGAACGUCGAUCCGUGGAGUCUCGAGAUGGCCCAGAACUCGCACGCCUAUCUCGGCAGCUGGAACAAAAAUACCAACCACUGGCUACGAAACUAUGUCUACCUACGUGUCACUCCUAAGGGCAAGAAGCCCGGUUUCCGCGCUAGUAUGGCGACUUUUGCGACGAGUGCACUCUGGCACGGCUUCUACCCGGGUUACUACAUGACCUUCGUGCUGGGAUCUUUCAUCCAGACCGGCGCCAAGAACUUCCGUCGCUACGUCCGCCCCUUCUUCCUUACUCCCGACGGCACCAAGCCCACGCCCAACAAACGGUACUACGACAUUGCUAGCUGGUUCGCCACCCAGUUCACGCUCGGCUUCGCCGUCCUACCUUUCAUCCUCCUCAGCUUCGGCGACUCCAUGAAGGUCUGGUCGCGUGUGUAUUUCUAUGGCAUCAUUAGCACCGCCGUCUCCCUCCUCUUCUUCGCCAGCCCCGCCAAGGCGUACCUGGUCGGCCAAUUGAAGCGCCGCAACCGCCCACACGUCCUGCGCACCGCCAGUCAGGAGACCGUGCGGCCCCCGACACUGGGUUUUCCGAACGACCCCGAGCGUGAUUUUGACGAGGCCGUGCAGGAAAUCAAGAUGGAGAUCGAAUCCAGGCGCCGUCGUGGCAGUGUGGUUACCAUGCCCACCGGGGAAGAGCUGAAGAUCGCUGUUGAGCAGAAGAUCGGACGCAAGCUAUAG